UACGGGUUAACCAUGCCGGUGGUAUUGGUGCCAAGAUGGCGGCAGUUGUAAAUAGUGACAACUUCAGCGACGAAGAAUGGCUUGUGUUGAGGGCCCAGAGCUGCAUCAAAACAGACACAUAUGCUGCCAAAGCAUGGAUGAUCACAGCCAGAAGUUUAUUCCCGAAAAACUUCAACAUACAGUUUGAAGCUUAUAUGUUGGAAAAAUCUGGAAAGAAUGUCAGUGAAGCCGCCCAGAUGCUUUCAGAAAUGUUUCAAAAUUUCCCCCAUGAGCCCAACCUUUGGGCUGAAUUGCAAUCAAUGUUAGAAGCUAUGCAAUCAGAUAACGUUGAUUCAAAGUCUCAGUUACUCACAGACAUAUUUGCUGCCGUGCCAACAAAUGUCCAGUGUGGAAUGUUGCUGUGUAUGGCAAAGAAAAUAAGUGAUAUUCUUGAGCAAUGCCGACUUCUGCUUUUGGCCAUGAGGAAAUUCCCAAAUCUAGUUACGGAACAAGGGUUGACAUUAAUAGAAACUUUGAUCUUGUCAGAAUCAAUCACAAACGUACCCUCACCUGUUAAUUGUUACAGGAAAUUGUUAGUAUGUGAUGUGUUGCCGUUGGUUCUUCAGAAAUGCCGGGUGUCUUUUACAUCAGCAGACCUCUACACAUGGAUGCAAAAAGCAAUACAAUUUUAUAUUUCAUACGUCACACAACCACCAAGCCCUUUAGAAUGUAGUACGGCUCCAUCCUCAUCAGAUAUUUUGUCACCAACCAAGCAGUGUAUGAAGAAAUAUCCAUUAAUUGUUGGUUUGCAAGAAAAAGAAAGUCAGGUUUCUGAUCCGUGGGGAAGUCUCUUCAAACUGAUCCAGCAAAUAUCAGUUUUACUCAAAUGGGAUAUUGACCCAGAUUUUUUUUCUAAACCCAGAGACUACCAAUGGCAGCAGAUAUUGAUUUUACACUCAAGAGCAGGACAAAGUAAUCAAGAAAGCAGCUAUCACCAGAUAUUAUAUAUGACUGCAGUUGUGUUCCUUAAUUGCCUCUACUCCUAUAUCAGUUGUGUUGAUGCAGAGAUUUUUGUGUCAGGUUCUGCCAUAGGCCUACCGGCACCCCUUGUUCUUCUAGAAGGAAUUAAAACAGAACGGUCAAAUUCCGAAACGAAAGUAAAGAAGCUUCGACCAGAGAUUCAGACUUCUUCUUACCCUCAUGUUACAGCUAGUGCUGAAAUUCCAGAUUCUCAAAUGAUCAUCAAUCAUUUUAUAAUUGCUCACAAAUGUUACGAAUUGCUCCAUUCAAGCGAUAUUUUACAGAGAGGUUUUAUAAAGCUUUGUCAGAACUGGCAGUCUGAGACAUGGUCAUGGAUGGCUCAUUUUCAAACAGACAUGUUUAUUCAUCAGGGUUUAUUCCAAGAUGCUGUGAGUAAUUUACAAAAUUUCCAGAUUAAUUUGUCAGAAAAAAUGCAAUUACGGAAAUCGUUACAGCUUGCCUCCUGCUUUCAUUGUUUGGGUACAUAUUCUAAAGCGUGUGAACUCUUACUCGAUAUCAUCGGAUCUCUGAAGCAGUUUUCAAACUCUGAUCCCCUGACUUCAACUCAUUCGAUCGAGGAAGAAAGCAAAAACAAGAAACUAACCCCGGGUCGCCAGCUGUGGCUGACCUUAUGCACCGAGACAGAAAUCCUGUCUUAUUGUAUACAACUGCUACUCUCUUGUUUUAAGGAAAAAGCCUUCCAAACGCCAAUGGACGACACUGCCUUAGGUCACAUGAUUGUAUUGCUCCAAUAUGAUUGGCCCAAAAAUUAUCCUGCUUUUGCAAAAGCAGUCCAUUUUAUUCAAUCUCGAGGUAGCUUUACAUACAAUAUAUUUUUCAACUACGUCAUCAACAUUGAUAUUUUGGAAGAAUUUGCUUUUAUUAAAACUGCUGAAGGUGGAAAAGUGAGCCUGGAUAUCUUGCCAAUAAGUACAAAAGCUAUUGCACAGCAGCGAACUGUGACAAGAGGGGUGAACAAAGUCGUGAAAGAAGAUUUUCGUGCUACCAUGGAACGACAGAUCUCACGCAGCAAUGAAGUCACCGAGAAAGUGAUUUACCAAUUUCUCACCGAAGAGAAGUCUUUGAUAUUAUCCACCCUGUUAAAGGGAUGAACAAAAGAAAAUAAGAUGAAAAACAAAAAUAAAAUAUAAUAUACAAAAUAAUCACAUUAAUAAUAACA